CGGGACGUGCGUCGCCAUGGGAGACGCAAUGUCGGAAGUAAAUUCCCCAGCUUGAUGUUUUGAUAGCUCGAACACCUUUCUACUUGUACGUGUUUUGUUUUUUUUCUACAAUUCUUCCUGAGUGACUCUCGACCUCAACAACCGACCCGACUAGCUGCUAGGCUAACAAUACUGACAAGGUAACGAUAGUAACCAUGAGCCGAAGUCGAAACCCCCCUUCCCGGGGUCAAGGGGCAGCGCGAGCCAAACAGAUGGGCCUGCUCCUUGACCUGUCCCCGGAUGGAGGGAUGAACGACGAUGGAAACGAUGAAGACCUGGAGGCAGAGCUGCUGAAUCUGGUGGGAGGAGGGGGAGGAGGGGGACGAGCACAGGGGAAGAAAGGUGAUGGCAGAGCUCCUGUUGCCAUGGCUGAAAUAGAGCAGAUGGCAGCCCUCUGUAUGAAAGACCUGGAUGAUGAUGUGGAUAUGGAUGACGACGAUUUGGAUGAUGCUGAUCUGCUGGCAGAACUGAAUGAGGUUCUCGAGGAUGAUGAGGAUGAAACUCCUGCUUUUACCUCUCCUGCCGUCACACCGAGUGCUCCCAAAGUGAGCGUCACUUCCCACUCUUCUCCACCAUCUGCUCCCAGUGGUGCAACAGGGGUGGAGUCCCAUCUAUUGGAGCGCAUUGAAAUGUAUAAGACAGCCAUAUCCAAUGCCAAGGCUGCAGGGGAGACCAGCAAAGUUCGAAGAUAUGACCGUGGCUUAAAGACACUGCAGUCCAUGUUGACAUCCUUCAGGAAGGGAAAACCAAUCAAUGAGGAGGAGAUCCCGCCUCCUGUUGCUCUUGGUGGGAACACCAACACAGGAUCUGAGUCUGAACUGAUCAAGGAACGAGAACAGCCAGAGCCCACGCUGGUGCCCUCUCCUCCCACAAAUCAGAAACCGCUAAGGGAGGCUGCACCAGCAGCUCCAAAUACAAAACCGGUCCAUUUGACUCUACCCCAAAAACCUGCUGCAGCCAUCACCCCAGAAACACCUGCCAUCUCUCCCCUUACUCCCAGCCAGCCGGACACGCAGCACUCAGAGCUGAAACAGGCGGUGUUGUCCAGACAGAGGGAGUAUAAGAUGGCUGCCAUACACGCCAAGCAGAGUGGAGACAUCGACCUGGCCAAACAGCACUACCUCACCGCCAAGAAGCUUGACAUGCUGGUGGAAGCUGUGGACAGAGAUGAACCUGUAGACCUGAGCUCACUACCUCCUCCUCCUGGAGACGUAGUAGCAGAACACUGUGCACCUCCUCCUCCUCAGUCUUCCUCUAAACCUGCUGCCCCCGCUGCUCCUGCACCUGCCCAGGUGUCCAAACCGGAUCUGCCUGCUCCCACCAGUCUGGCAGAAGCCCUGCAGCAGAGGAUGGACAUUUACAAAUCAGCAGCAGAGGGAGCCAAGACCAACGGAGAUGAUCGAAAGGCUCGCAUGCACCAGCGCAUUGUUAAGCAAUACCAAGAUGCCAUCCGAGCCCACAAAGCUGGGCGACCUGUCAGCUUGUCCGAUCUACCAGUGCCACCAGGCUGUCCACCACUUCAAGGCUCAGAGGGGGGCCAGCAGAACUUCAUGGGCGUCCUGGAAACCGCUAUGAAAAUAGCCAAUCAGGAUGCAGACGCAGAGGACGAGGAUGAGGAGGGACAAAGAGGGACAGCAAAGCCGGCAAUGCGUCCACCUGCACAGAAAGCAAAGUCUCCGGCUCCUCAGGCCCCUGGCGGCUCUGCAUCUAUAAAACUGGGAGCGAAAGCUCAGCAGCAAGUGGAUUUCCUGUUGCUAAGGCGACAAGCUUUUUUGCGUGCAGCGCUGCGCUCCAAACAGAUGAAGGACAUGAGUGGAGCAGCGAACCACCUCAGACAUGCAAAGGGACUGGACCCCAUGGUCACAGCUGCCAAGUCUGGCCUACCUGUUGAUAUCACCAAGAUUCCCAGCGCUCCAGUCAGUGAGGAGGACUACUCCCUGGCUCGCUCCCGUUCCUCCCCUCUCUCGCCUCGCUCCAGUGAACAGUACCACGGCCUCAUGGAUCUCAUGCGGAAGCAGCACGAGAAAUGUCUGGACUACUCUCAACAGUUUACACAACUGGGCAGUGUGGCUGAGGCUCUCAAGUUUGAGAAGCUUUGUGAGGAAAGUAUGAAGAACAUUGAGAUACUGAAGAAUGCCCAUGCUAAAGGACAGCCAGUCCCCAAGUGCCGCACGGAGGAGAGGACCUUCAACACACUCAAGAUCUACCCUAACCUGACUCCCAAUGAGCUGAUGCUGUACAUCAUCAGAGGCAUCAACCUACCGGCUCCCUCAGGUGUCUCACCAAACGAUCUGGAUGCCAGUGUGAAGUUUGAGUUUCCUUUCCCCAGUGCAGAAGAGGCUCAGAGGGACAAAACCAACACAGUGAAGAGCACCAGCAGUCCAGAGUUUAAAGAGCAGUUCAAACUGAACAUAAACCGUGCUCACCGAGGCUUCAAACGAGUCGUCCAAUCCAAAGGCAUCAAGUUUGAAGUCCUGCACAAAGGAGGCCUGUUUAAGAAUGACAAAGUGGUGGGAACUGCUCAGCUGAAACUAGAGGCUCUAGAAAAUCACUGUAAUGUUAGAGAGAUCAUCGAGGUGAUGGAUGGACGUAAGGCUACAGGUGGCAAGUUGGAGGUGAGGGUGAAGAUCAGAGAGCCUUUAACGGGAGUCGACGUCCAGCCGGUGACGGAGAAGUGGCUCGUUGUUGAGCCUGUGUCCUCCCUCUCUCCUCCAGAGAGACAAAAGGAACGGGCUCCAUCUCCUCGGUCCAAGCCCAGACAUGAAGCGAGCAGCAGGAGCAGCCUUCCCAACAACUCUCCUCCACAGUACAAACUCCACAGCUUCAGCCUCCUCAGCUAUGACAGGGAGCGGGUGGAGAGAAAGCUGGCAGAGUACAAGAAGGCGCGACGGGAUCCCCCACCUGACCUCAUCCAUCAACACAAAGAGGUCACACACAGACUUCAGUGGCAGAAAUCACAGCUGGAGAGAGCCUCUCCCGCUCUCCUGACAGAGUAUGAAAAUGUGCUGCGGCGUUUAGCACAAGGACUUGCUGACUCAGUGAAGAAAUUCUCCAGCCAAGGCAACAGGGAUGCUGCCAAGGACGGACUGGGCAGAUUAAAGAUGGUGGAGAGUGAGCUGGAGUGUUUGAAAAGGAAACGCACCGGAUGAGAAGAGAGUAAGGGAGUGGAGACUUGGCUGGAGUACUGUUAUAUCAUAUGUCUCUCUUAGACACUACAGGUCCUUUAAGAAGCUUCAGCACGAUUCAAUGCUGCUCAUGUCCAUGACAGCUGCAUGACCUAAACUGACGAUUCUGUCUAUAACUCUAACAGUAUAACCUGUGUCACCUGUGGUUAGUCACCUGCCACAUUAAUUCAAAUGAAAUAUGUGACUCUUAAGGGACAGGCCUUAGAACAAGCAUUAAAAUGAAAGGCUUAUUUGCACUUAAACAAGACUAACACGACAGAAAGCUGCUUCUAAAGUCCGGCUCUACAGACCUUAUCUUACCUGUUUUCUAUUGGUAGGUUUUUUCCUCCCAUCUUUCACUUUCAGAUUCUUUUGACUUUAAAAUGUAAAGUUUAACAUUUGGCACUAGCUCACAGAGCAUUGUGGUGUCCAGAGAUGACCAAAAAGUGUGUGUGUGUGCAUGUAUGCGUGUUCUCAGAAGUGUGUUUAACCAAUGAACUGAGGUGAUUUUAACCCCUUUUCCCAUAUUUUACGUGCGUAAUGAGCUUAAUCUAAUCUGUCUGCUCCAGUGUUCCCAGAUUACAGUAAUCUGCUCCGUUUGGAGUGGUGUGAUAUGGGAAUAAAAAAAAAAUGGGGCUUCGGGGCGCUGCAGCCUACAUCCCAUAAUGAGGGAUUAGUGUUUGUGUCACCAAGGAGACGACUAGAUCAGACGUAGAGUCGCCUUUGGGGCUGGGGAGAGGGGGUGUUAACAGCGUGCCAUGAAUGUGGUAGAGACUUAGCUCUGCUUCCUCGUCUUCAUCAGCUGUUUUUUUUUUUCUUUGUUGUCGUUUCUUCAUCUUCACUUUCUUCAGACUUAUUCCUUUGCAUUUAUUCACAGAUUAUUCUGAGUCAUGAGCACUAGGCUGCUCAGUUUGGAUUUUCUUUAACCUCUUAAACAAUAUCGAGUCCACUGUGCUUUUGAUUUAGAAAAUAAUUAACAGCUGCUGCGUCAGUACGCUGCUAUUUUCCACUGAUUCUGGCCGAUGCAACACCAGAUUGUGUCCCACAGAGCUCUCCAGUGGCAGUGCGCUGAAUAUUCAGCCCACAAGAAGACAACCUAAUGUGUGUCUGUGAGGCUGAGUAAUUGCUCAUUUCUAUUUCCUAUUCCCCCACAGACACCCCUGUCAGAGUCAUGCUUCUCAUUCCUUUCUACUUCACAAAGAAGGUGGACAAAAUCCAGACAAAUCCAAAUCAAUAAAAUGUAACAAAACAGGUUUACUAAACCAGUAAUGUGGCUAAUGUGUCAGAUAAGUGUGUUCCCUUCUUUGUUUACUUCUCUGGACAGACAUUUCUCUGUGUGUUUGAAAACAUGAUAACCAGAUCCACAUGUGUUUCAUGUAUCCAGGAUGUAGCAGACCACUUUAAAUAAGCCUUACUCUAUUUUUUUACAUUUGAUUCCACACCAACAGCUUUGUGGUCUGGAGACACAACAGGGGAUAUAGUAUGUGUUUGCCCUAAUCCACCAACAGCAUCACCCUAUUAAUAAAUAAUCCUGGCUAAAGUUGACCUGAUCUUACCCUCGUAACAAUGUUUGUAUAUGAAUGCAACACUCCUCCCCCCUUUAUCAACCAGUGUUUUCUGAUUCUUUUGAUCAGCUGACAGACUGUAUGAGUUUGACAGGGCAGUGGAUAGGCGUUUGAAUCAUUACGCACAGGGUAAUGAUGAAUACGUUUUAGUCGUGAUAUUCGGCGGCAUUUUAUAGGACUAUAGAAGGGUGUUUGCAACUUUGAGCUGCCUUACUACGAGUCAUGUACACUUAACAAAUGUGCAGGGUUUCUGAUUGGAUGUAUUGUCCCUACAGUUCCAGUAGGCCAUUAUUUCUCGUUAACUUCCCUGCUGUAUGCAUCAUUUAGCAGACCCUUGAAUAUGAGCGAAACAUUGGCUCACAGAGUUGUGUAAUCCAUCACAGCCAACAUUAAGUCUCUAUCAAUGUUCAUCAAUGUUGUAUUAUGUAGUAGUGCAGAUUAAUCUGACAAUUCUGCAAUUUCAUUUAUUUUAUUUCAUUCCUUUGAAGCAGUAAAAUGUAGAGGAAUGCUUUCUUUUCAUUUUUUUUCCCUUUACAAAAAACAAAAAGGUGCAGGAGGAAGAACAUCGUAUAAACCUGCCCUUUGUACAUGGAAAAAAGUAAAUAAAUAGGUAGAAAUUAUUAUUUUUUUCUUAUUCUUUCAAAACACACUAUUAAAAAUUAAGAAAAUGUCACUUUGACAGAAAGUGAGGUUUGUGUUUUUGCUAAUUGGCAAUUAAUGAAAAUAUAUUGGCUGCUGGAAACUGUUUCAACUAUCAGGACUACGUCUAACAUUUUGCCUGUAAAAUACCAGAAAAUAUAGUGACUAAUGUCUUUAUGACUUUCUAAGAUGCAGCAAAGAUCUUCAAAUUUCAUGUUUUGUUCUACCAACCCUUAUAGAUACCUAAUUUACUCGUACUCAAAACAAAGAAAACCCCAUAAUCCCUCUUGAUUUAUUAUAUGAAUACAGGAAAUUAUUUGGUAUUUUCUGGCUUGUGAAGGACUAAUAAAACCUGCAUGAAUUCAGCAGUGCAGAAGGAUUUGUUUUGACGGUGGCUUCAUGUGUUCUUUUAGUAAAUGGACUUUAAACCUGCAGGGUGUAGCACUCCCAUUUUCUAACCGGUUCUAACACUGUUAAAUGCACACACACACACACACACACACACACUCACACUCACACUCACACUCACACUCACACACACACACACACUCACAGAAAAAGUGCCACUGCUUCUUUCACUCCAAAACCUUUGACCCAUGUAACCCCUAACACACCAACACACACUCCGGCCACAUCACCCCAAUGCUGGGUUAACCUCAUGGCCUCUCAGGCUGCCCUGUUGUCAAGGCAACGAGCUCAUCAGCAUUCAGAGUGGUAGUUUGGGUGGUCAGGCUCGACGGGAGAGGGACAUAUUUGUUAAAGUUUGUCUUACUGGGGACUCCUACUCCCUGAUAGCAUUUACAAAACAUCACACACACAUAAACACACACUCCUUCUUCUUCCUUUAUUUUUUAAGUGUUUGUCUUGUUUUGUGCUGAUCUGGAUCAAUUAUAUUUUCAGCUGCAGGAUAUGUGUUAAUCUUGGGUCGGGAAAAAGAUAAUGUUUUAUCGAUGACAUUUUUGUAGUCUGUUGAUGAAUGUCAUGUAAGGGCAAUCAAUAUAAAUGAAUAUUUAUAUACAGUAAAAUAUACAGCAUAAUAUGCUCUGUCUCUAUUUUUAAGUGUAAGUCAUGAUGAUUUGUGCAGCUCAAAGCGGGAAUGUAUGAAGGCCUUAUUGUUAAGGCUUUAUCAUCUUAUGUAUGCAGUCUAUGUUAACAUGAAUAAAAUGGUGAAAAAGUGCUGAA